AUGGUAGUAGUUACUUUUGUUACAGGAAAUAAGAAUAAAUUAGCUGAAGUUCAAGCAAUAUUAGCUGAUGUAUUACCUAAUUUAAAAUCAGAAGAACUCGAUUUACCAGAAUAUCAAGGUGAACCAGAAGAAAUUUCAAAAGAAAAAGCUAAACUAGCUGCUCAACGUAUAAAUGGUCCAGUUUUAAUUGAAGAUACAUCAUUAUGUUUUAAUGCAUUACAUGGUCUUCCAGGACCAUAUAUAAAAUGGUUUUUAGAUAAAUUAGGAUAUGAUGGUUUAAAUAAAUUACUUAUUGGUUAUGAUGAUAAAACAGCAUAUGCACAAUGUGUAUUUGCAUUUUGUGCUGGACCAACAAGUGAACCAAUUAUAUUUGAUGGUCGAUGUUCAGGACGAAUUGUUGAAGCACGUGGACCAAAUAAAUUUGGUUGGGAUCCAAUAUUUCAACCAGAUAAUGAACAAGGACAACAAGGUCGUCAAACAUUUGCUGAAAUGGAUAAAACAGAAAAAAAUCGAAUUAGUCAUAGAAGUCGAUCACUUCAAUUAGUUAAAAAUUAUUUUUUACAACAUCCAGAAUAUCGUACAUAA